AUGCACUGUAGCACUGAGAACAUUCACUGGCCUUCCGAUAGUCUUCGCCCUGUUCUUCUCAGCCACGGACUUGUCGGCCGUCGCCGCAUCUAUCACGCCCUCCCUCGAGUUGUUUUAUCAGGUCUACAACAGCAAGACAAUAGCCAUCGUACUUCAGAGCCUCGUCACGCUUUCGGCAGCGGUUGCCAUGAUUGGCUGCCACACUUGGCAGUCUCGCAUGGCGUGGGCGUUCAGCAAAGAUAG